AUGAAUAUUGAUAACUUUAUAAAAAUAUUUUUUUUGAUGAUUUUAUCAACCGAAAUUGGACAAUCAUUAAUUCCGGUUGAACGUUCUGCACUAAGUUCAGUUCUUGUAGAUAAGAGAAUAUAUUUUUUGGGGGGAGAGUCACUUCAUAGUCCAAAACCAUCAUCAACAUUAGAUCAAAUAUUAUAUCUCGAUGUAUCUAAAUCAUUUAAUACAGUCAAUCCACCAUUUGAAGAAAUAAUAAAUGUACCAAUUCCAUUUGGAAGUUCAUAUGCAACAACAUUUCUUAGCCCUCAAAAAAAUGUAAUUUAUUUAUUUGCAGGAAAUAUGGUGGAUGCGAAUACAAAAAAUCCAAGUCUAGAGUUUUAUAAACCAGUUUUACAUUCAUAUAAUCUAGAAACUCGUGAAUGGACCGUACCAAUAACAAAUGGAUUCGAACCAACAAGAAGAAGAGCAAUUAAUGGUGUCAUUAAUAAAGAAACUGGAAAAUUUUAUGUUUUUGGUGGAUGGGAACAAAUAAAUGGUCAAAAUAAUUAUACAGUGUAUAAUGAUAUGAUUGUUUUUGAUACUAUUUCUUUAACCUGGUCAAUAGGCUCUACAAUAAAUGCUCCACUUCCCCGUACGUACUAUACUGCUACUUUGUUAUCUAAUGGAAUUAUUGUUUUUAUUGGUGGAAAAGAUAAUAAUUUUCGUGAUGUUGACAUAAAUCAGCUUGCCCUUUAUGAUACGAAAGUUGACAAGUGGUCAAUAAUGACGGCACGAGGUGUUACUUUGGAAAAUCGUGGUUUACAUUCCGCAGUUCUAACACCAGAUGAAAGAAUAAUUAUUUUUGGUGGGAGUAAAGACUCUAAUGAACCAGUUUUAAAUCAACUUGCUGUAUUAAAUACAAAGACGACACCAUAUGAAUGGUCAAUUCCACAAGUUUCUGCCAUAGAUAAUAUGCCUUUAACAACUUCUGCACAUUCGGCUACAUUAGUUGAAAAUUAUAUGUUUAUAAAUUUUGGUACCAUACCAAAUUAUUCUAAAAUACAGUUACUACCGUUUUUUUAUAUUCUUGAUAUAAGAAAUUUUACAUGGGUAACACAUUUCGAACCUGAAGAAUCACCAAUUGUUAUCACCAGUGUAAACAAUUCACCAACUAACUCAACUAACUCACCUGAUUUAACUACGGAAAAAUCUGAUAAUGGUAAACAAAUUGGUAUUAUUAUUGGAACUAUCGGUCUCAGUGUUGGUGUUGGCACUGUUGUUGGACUUUUAGGUUAUAAAUAUUAUAAAAAACAAAAAUAUAAGCAUACUAUACCUACUGCUGGGAGUCCAAUUAAUUAA